CCUGUCAAUAUGACAGUUGAUUUUGACUGAACCAUACUGACGGGUCGAAUUUUGCAAUAAAUUUUGUUUUGAUUAUUGUUUUAGGCCCGAGAAAUACUUUUAAAUUAAAUUAUGGCAUCAAAAGAUCGUGAAGAACCGGCUAUGUUAGCGUAUGAGAGUUUUUUAAAAAAGGACUACGUGUCCGCCUUUCAACAUCUAAAUGAAUUGGAAGGUCUCGUCACGAAUACAAACCUCAUUAAAAGAGUACAGCAAAACAAAGCGGUAGUGGAAUUUUACGGAUCAGAUUUAAAGGAUAUUGAAAAGUUUAAGUGUACCAUGUCUCUUUUAAUUGGUUUAACUUUUCCAGACGUCGAAAUGAAGGAGUUAAAUUUACCUUUCACUCUAUACAAUUACGCAGUACUUCUAUAUCACUCACGACAUUAUUACCAGUGCACCGUUGUCCUAGAGAAGCUGUUGAUGACAAAAAACAUCAAAGAUGUUAAGUUGUAUCAACAAAUUGUGCUAUUGCUUAUGGAGGCUACUCUAUGUAGACGCACAUAUGACAAAACUUUGGAUGUUGCCAAAACUUAUGGAGAACCUAUAAAAUCUAAUAAUGAAAUUGUUCCACUAUUUGAAAGGCUAAUAAGCAGAGCACAAGUGUUUGUUGGUCAGAAAAUAAAACUGAAACCGGACUGUAUUGAGAAUGUUUUCAUUAUAGCCCAGCAACAAUAUUUAAAUGGAGAUUUAAAAGAAUCAGCAAACACUCUAGGACUUUACAAGUCACUUAAGUUUAAUUACGAUGUUAAGACUCAAGGUGAAGACAUUUGGGCAGCUAUAAAUAAUAAUCUUGGUGUCAUUUACCUUUCAAUUAAAAAGCCAUUUUUGGCAGCAAAAUAUUUUCAACAUGCUGUGAAAGAACAUUUCAAAGCAAUGGAAAGUGAGGACAGGGAGAGGUUAAUUGAUUGCAAGGACAGACCUAUAUAUGUCUAUAAUUUGGGGCUGGCAUUGCUGGCAGCAAAUAAUGCCGAAGGUGCAUUUGAAUGUCUGGUGGAAGCUGCACGUCAUUACCCAAAUAAUCCUAGGAUUUGGUUAAGAUUGGCCGAGUGUUGUGUCAAAAAAUGUUGCAAUGAAGAGGCACAACAAUUUACUGUGAAAAAACUCGGUAGUGGACCCCAUACAAGAAUCUUAUUGGCAAAAGAAAAGCCAGAAAAAUAUUCAACAUCUGGAGAAUCUUUUGCAAUUCCAUCUCUGUCUUUAGAGUUUGCCGCCCUAUGUUUAAAGAAUGCAAUAUCACUACUCCCUAAUCAAGAGGUACCAUCAGAUAUAACAGCACCAUUAUUCCAAGCACCACCGGGCCCACCAAUAAAUUGGAAACAGUGUUGUGAAUUAAAGAACUCAAUACUUGUCCUUCAAAGCUAUGUGUACUUAAACUUGCAAGAUCCACAAUCAGCUUCAAUUACAGCCAAUGAACUAUUAAGUCAACCAGAUGUAUCAAACAGUCACAAAGCCUGGGCCCACAUAUAUGCAGCUGAAGCAUUAAUAAACUUGGACAAAAUAACAGAAGCAGUGGAACAUUUACACCCCCCAAUGAUACAUGAGCUCGUGUCAGUACUUCCAUACCAAAUGCGAGAUUUGAUUGCUGUUUCUGUUUGGGCAAAGGCAGCUGUUUGCCACAUACUAAGAGGGGAUCUAGUAACAGCAAGGAAGAUAUUAUUACAAAUAAACUCGCCACGUGUGUUGCCCUUGCAAAUGUAUUUGGAGAUUUGUACUGGCAAUAUUGAAAAUUGUCACAAUAUUUUAAGAAAACUUAGAUUUAAUAAUUUAUCACAAUAACUAUUGUAUAUUAGAGAAUUUGCUAAUAUUCUUGUUAGUAUUCUUAUACUUUCCUGUUUGUAAGAAUAUGUGCAUUGAUGUUUAAUAUUUUAGUCAGCAAAAAUGGAAAAUAAAUUAUGUAAAUAAUGAAA